GCUAAAAUAAAGGAGUUUAGAGAGGGUGAGCUCACCGACAUGGACCAAGAAUCUGAUGUCUUUAUACGUGAAGGAGACACUAUACUCCUUUCUUAUGAAGUGAAGGGUGAAAAGUCAUUCCUUUACUCAAUGCAACCAAUCAGGAGUAAAGAUGAUGAAGCCUAUGAAGCAUUGGAUAAGUAUGCAUUCAAUCAACCCACCCUUUAUCCUUUGGCGUAUGAUGAGAUUAAAAAAAGAGCCAUUCCACCCAAUGUUCAUUAUCUGUCCUUCAAAAUUAUACCAGAAUUAAGUGAAAAGCAAUUUCAGGAUGAUGCACAUGAUGUUAGAAAAGAUACUGAUUGUGACAUGAAGCUUGUGUACGGAAAAAAAAUCAAGCUGUUGCAUGUGGGCUCUAAGAUGUAUUUAUCUUUACCUCAAUCAAGUGAGGAAGAUAAAAAUAUCACUUUUAGACCAGUAUAUGAUGAAAGAACGUGCCUCUUUAUUGUUCAUCCACCAAAUGAAGAAAAGCAACUUGGAGAUAAGGUUUGCUCUGGUGAUACCAUAUUUCUAAAGUCAUCCUCUCAGCCUUACUAUAUAGUCAGUAAUAACAAGGGUGACAAUAAGCUAUCUAUGAGUGAUUCGAUUGGCAACAGCAUUGGACUUACUGUGUACUUACAUAGAAGUGUAAAAGCAAAUGCUGAUUCCAUUAGAGGAGGAAGUGUUGUGAGACUCUCCUGUCUGGAGACAGAUGCUUUUCUUCAUGGGGAAGGCUCAACAUUAGACCCUAGUAUAUGGACAAGAGGACUUGAACAUUUUAGACAAGAGGGACUGUUCAAGGUUGGCUUUACCCAAAAGAGGAAGCUACCUAACGGAGUUCACAAGCCACUACCUGUUUCUGGUGAUUGUUAUUGGCUACUAGAGAAAUGGGAUAAACCACUGGAUGGUACAUCCUUUCAGUUUGGUGAUAAAUGUUCCUUAAGACACUUACAAACACAGAGAUAUCUUGCACUGAAUACUGCAAAGGAAGAAUUUGAACUGAUAGCAGUCAAUGGAAAUAGAAGUCAAGGCUAUCAAUACAAAUUCAUAAUUGAACCAGGAACUCCUGAUACUGAUUCAUCAAAUCAAGAAGUACAGCAAGAUUCUGAGAUAAUGCUAGUGGCUGACAGUAAAAAUGUAUGCUUAUCACUAGACACAAAGAAAAGACCCUUUAGAGACUCAAAGAAGAGACAAAUUAGUACUCAGUGGCUUAAGGUAAAGUGCAGUGAUCUUGGUGAUGGUGAUUGUGUAACAAGAAAAAAGAGUAUCAUCAAAGUUGGAGAAGUUGAAAAGAGGUCACUGUUUAGGUUAUAUUUCAUUGAAAGUGUUAAGAGUAUAUUGCAAGAGAUGUUAGUACCAAAUCCUGUUGCACUAGAAGAAGAUGAUUCAACUUUAGAUCCUAAUGAAAGAACAUCAGCAUGUUUGCAUGUAUUGCAAUGUGUAAGUAAAUGGCUCAAGAAAGGAUUAUCUACUACAAGAAAGACUCGUGGCAAAAUAUUACGUAGCAGUGAAGUCAUAGCUUUGUUGGUUAAUUCUCUUUGUUUUGUUGGAUCAAAUGAAAUCUGUUCUGAAAUUGCAAGUAUAUUAACAGAUUUCAUAAAAAUACACAGCCACAGAUCACACCUAUAUUUUAUAUAUAGACCUCAACCCUGUGACAUGUCACUAGCAGAUGUGGUUGUAUCACAGCUUAAAAAGGAUCCAGGAAUUCAAAUGAUUUUAUAUCAUCUCCUUGAUAGGCAAAGUGGAGUUACUGAUACUGUUGCUCUAUCACUCCUUAAUUCAAAGUUUUUAGAUAGAAUUACAUGGCCAUUGACUAUUAAUGACAAGACUAUUAUUGAGAUUUUUGCAAUGCUUUGUACACCUAAUGGUAUUCCUUUUGAAGAAAUGCAAAAUUAUAUUUGUACUGAGUUGAAAAAGAGAAUCAAAGAGAUUCCUUUAUUUAUAAUUGAAUAUGACACACUGCACUAUGUAGAAGGUGGGAGUGUUAAUCCGGAAAAUUUUUCUGACGAUACUAAGGUCAAGAUCAAUUAUUUUGUAGCUUUACUGGAAUUUUUUGCAACCCUUUGCAAGGGAGGUGAAAAAGUAUCAAGUGAUUUUGUCAAGAAGCACUGCCCAUUUAACACUAGCUGUUUAAACCCAAGUGGUUUAAUAGACAGUGUUGUGAAUGAUAGUGUCCUAUGCAACAAGCUGAAAUCAGCUUACUUAAAGUGCAUUAUAUCUGCAUAUAUUGAACCAAAUAUUGAAAAUUCUGGUAUUGACAUUGACAACAUAUGGCACUGCUAUUUAUGGAGUAGAGUCAGCCCUAAUGAAAAAACAGAUGAAACUAGCAGGUUUUUAUAUGCCUCAAAUGUAUCAGGAAGUAUUCUUAAUGAGCUUGAGCCAUAGAAUGGAUAUUAUACAACUGUUCAAUCAAAGCAUUACAAAUUAUCAACAAUUAAGACACAGUAGUGAUGGCAAGAAUAGCUUUUUUGCUGAUUUGAUGGAAUUGUUGCAUACUUUAAUUGAAUAUGG